AUGUCUUUCGCUCUGUCGUCAAUGAAGCCCAUGAUGGGUAGGACCGGUCUGGGGCUGAGGUUGAUCUCGACCUCUCGAGCUGCCGCUGUACAAUCGUCCAAGAUCACCUCUGCCGCCGGUGUUGCCGCCAACGAGACUGCCGGAUUCAAGUACAUCCCCGGUGGACCCGUUCUUCCCGGUACCGUCAACGACGCCACCUCUUUCCCUCACUCGGACCCUUCGCACGGAUCCAGGCAUUGGGUCUUUGAGCGAGCUCUCUCGGCCGCUCUUGUGCCUGUGAUGGGAGCUGCUGUCGCAGCCAACCCGGGAACUGGUGUUUACCCCGUCAUUGACGCCAUCCUCGCUACCUCUCUGAUCGUCCACUCGCACAUCGGUUUCGACUCGUGCAUCAUCGACUACCUUCACGAGCGCAAGAUGCCCGUCAUCGGGUUCGCCGCCAAGUGGCUCUUGCGAGUCGCCACCGGUGCCAGUAUCUGGGGAGUUUACGAGUUCGAGACCAACGAUAUCGGUCUCACCGAGCUCGUCCGACGCUUGUGGACGGCAUGA